CUGCGGGUCCUGCGCACCCUCCCCGAAAACCGGAGCUUGGCUCUGUCCCCCGAAGGCACCUUCCACCACCUCCUCCUCUCCACCUGCCCGAGCCGGGAGGGCGAGGAGCCCCGGCUGCUGGACUCCAGGGCUGCAGACGUUUUGGACUCGGGCUCCUCCAGAUGGGAGGUGUUUGAUGUUUGGGAAGCCCUGCGGGAGCGGAGGGAGAAGUCUCUCUCGGGCAAGAUGCUCUGCCUCCUCCUGAGGGUCGUCUCGGACCGAUCGGGGCGGCUUCUGCCCCCCCGGCAGCUGGGGUUCGGCAAGCCUCGGCCGCAGCCCCACGAACGAGCCCUGCUCGUGGCCUUCUCCCGCACCCAGAGGAAGGAGAACCUCUUCAAGGAGAUCCGGGAUAAGAUCAAGCCCCUGGGCAGUCCCCCCUUCCUGGAGCCCCCCGAUCCCGGCCAGGAGGCGUACCCCAAGCGGAGGAAGAGAAGGACCACCAUUGCCGCCCGGUCUGGGGGCAAAGGCCAGGGGAAGAAGGCGAAGACCCGCUGCAGCAGGAAGCCCCUACACGUGAACUUCAAGGAGCUGGGCUGGGACGACUGGAUAAUUGCCCCCCUGGAUUACGAGGCGUAUCACUGCGAGGGGGUCUGCGACUUCCCCCUGCGGUCCCACCUGGAGCCCACUAACCACGCCAUCAUCCAGACCCUGAUGAACUCCAUGGACCCGGAGUCCACCCCCCCCAGCUGCUGCGUGCCCUCCAAACUCAGCCCCAUCAGCAUCCUCUACAUAGACUCCGGGAACAAUGUGGUUUACAAACAGUACGAGGACAUGGUCGUGGAGACGUGUGGCUGCAGGUAG